GUGGACGGCCGAGUUUGGAGCAAUGGCGUCGUCUCCGUGAAAGAUGGAUGACACCGAGGCAGAUAUUAAGGUGGAGGCAGGUGGGGAGGGGACGUGGGGAGUGCGCCCCCAAGACCCUCUGCUUGUUCCCACAGCAGUUCUCCUGGCCAGGCGGGAAGUGCCAACAAGAUAUCCAAGGGCCACAAUAAACCAGUUGCACAGAGCAACUGAAGAAACUUUGGUGUACCGGCAACAUGCUCAGCUAUCUUGCCAACUCCCUGGUGCCCCAAAGUCAACUUUUCUGAUGGUAUUUAGCCCAGAUGGGUCGAAGGUGGCGUCAACCCAUGGUGACCAUAAUAUCUAUGUAAGUGAGGUGAAAACUGGACGGUGCAUCUGCACCCUGGAAGGUCAUCCCAGAACCCCCUGGUGUGUGGCUUUCCAUCCUGCCUCUAAUGAAAUAAUCGCCUCUGGAUGCUUAGGUGGGGAAGUAAGAGUCUGGGAUCUAAAGGGAGGUAGUGAAGUUUGGACCACAGAGAAAAACACAGUCAUCGCAUCACUAGCCUUCCACCCAACAGAUCAAGUACUUGUCAUCGCAACCUUUAAUGAAAUUUAUUUUUGGGAUUGGUUUCAACCUCACCCUUUUGCUAAAAUAUCUACUGCAGAUGAAAAAGAGAAAGUUAGGUACGUUAAGUUUGAUCCACUUGGUCACAAACUCAUCACUGGCAUUGCAAACACAUCCCACGAUCGACAGAGCCAUGGGGCCAGUAGAACCAGUGGAUGCACAAAUGGAUCAUUCCCUUCACAUUCAGAAUUAGUGGAAAGGGAGCAGCAGCUUUCACAUCGUUACAACCAAUUAUCAAGCCAGUAUCUUAACCUAAUGUCACGAUAUGAAGCUCUUACCAGCAGAAAUUUCAAUAAUGUUUCGAGAACAUCCAGUAGGAUUGAUAGAGGUACAGACCCCAUAGAUCCUCCUCCAACUCAAGGGCAACAAGCUCUGCUGAAUCAGGCUAGACAGUUUGCAAGACAAGUGACUGAGGAGAGGAGAGCAACUUUACAGAGUCAGGAAUCAACAGGUGAAAUGUCAAGGAACAGAACCACAUGGGGGUCCCAAGACUCACAUUCUGGACGGGAUUCACAAGCCACUAGUGACCUGCAUGUGAGACUGGAGGAGGACUAUGGUCUUAGUGCAGUGCGGACUCUGAGACAGAUCAUUAGUGAUGAUAGUGCAUCAUCUUCAAGUUUAGAUUCCAGCUCAUCUGCAACGAGUGGUACAAGUGGAAUCUCUGAGAGAAAUACUCGUCUUUCACUUCUGUGGACCUCAAGGCUUCACCGACCAGGGCAGGAUUCUGACAGUGCUGGAGAGGCUUCUAGUGUACAGAGUUUAUGGGAUAACGCUGUCAGCGGGAUGGGGGAUCUCCGAGCACCAAUGGGUGGGGAGGAAGGGGUUACAGGUAGUAGGAGAGGAGACAAUUUUGUUCUUGAUCGUAGGAAUUACAGACGAACUGAUGAUAGAGGCAGUGAUGAGGACGAUGUAACAUUAGGUCCUGCUGGGCUAAAUCUUCGAUCUACAGGGUCGCAGUCGGAGCGUCAAGGUACCCUUUGGGGUUACUUCACUAGUAAUGGUUCUGUGAUCCAACCAGGACGCUCAAGAGUGCCUAGGGAAAGCAGAAGUGAAACUGAAAUUGAAAACAGUGGUAAUAAUACUGCUGAAAAUGUUAUUGGUAAUGAUGAACCAGAAAACUCACAAGAGAGUUCAGUGCAACAAAGAGUUGAAAACAAUGGUGCAGCUUCUAGUGAUGCACAUAUACUCUCUCAAAGCACAGGAACAGCUCCUCCAACAAGGGGAACAGAUCCUGUGAGACUCAGUAACACUGGUGAAAUUCCUCCAAGUGAUGCUAAUGAGGAUCUUGCAGUGCCUGGGCCAUCAGGGUUGUCUGGAAUGCCACGCUCUCAGAUGUCUUCACUUUCUUCUGCGACGAGGUAUCCGAGGUCUUCGUCAUUAGAUCCACAAUUUGGAGUACAACUUCUUAGUCGUCACAUUGAGAAUAUGCAAAGAAUAUGCAGAGCACAUUUAGAAAUAACGAGGCAUAGACACGAGAUACUUCGCCUUCAGCAGAUUCGGUCUAUGUUAUAUGAUAUCCAGCACCAGAUACAUUCUCUGAGGGUUUCUGUUGACCAGUCUAUGGAAGAUUUAAAUGGACCAUCAGCAGACAGUCCUCCCACAACCAGCCAGAGGGUUGGUAUUCCUAAUGAAGAUGACCCGAGUGCUCAGCCACCUAGCCUUGGUUCUAGUGAUAAUGCAUCCUCGCUGCCCCUGAUUCGUCACUGGUCCAGAACAAGCCCAAGGACUGUAGCCCGGCUGCAGCGGGGACCUUUUGGAACUAGAACACGCUCCAGACAUUCCCACAGACCCUGGGUGAUGUCUCCAUGCAUGCUUCGUCGCAUUCCUCGUCGCCGUGCUGUCCGCACUCGUCUUACGCUACCUGGGCUAUCUGCAUCCCAUCAUGGAGCUAGUGGAGCACUGGGAGGAGGGCUGGACAGGACAACCUCUCCAACAAGAGGAUUAAUAGAACCUGGAGCUUCAGCAUCAGGCACUGGAGCAGUGAUUGGCCCUCUGCCAACACCACCACCCGAUCAAGGAGAUUCUGAGGAACAACCAAGGGAUAUUGUGCGCAUUAUAUCUGGCAACCAGUAUGGUGCACACACUCGCACACAUCCCCAGAUAUUACAUCAUUCGUUUGAGCGACUUCAGGAACGAUUACGAGAAAGACAAGAAGCGUUAGAACAGCAGGAGAGACGUCUACAAGGCUUCCUUAAUGCAUCAUCACCUGCUUCAUCUACAACAUCAUCUGUGACUUCAUCUGCAUCCCAGGAUCAUGAAGAAGACCCACCAAGUCCACCAGAGCAAUAUCGUCGAGCUGGACCCCCAACUACAUCUUUAGCAUCAAGAAUUGCGAAUAUGAUCGCUCAUCAAGUUGCAAAUGGUGCCAGUACAAGUGCUGCUAGUUCAGAUCAUGAAGGCACAAAUAACCAAACUGAAACAUCUGAUACCUCUACAACCAUGACUGAUAGAUCAGCAACUCGUGCAUUAAAUAGGAAUACGUCAGGAUCAUCAGCUAGGGCCCCUGCAAAUUCAUCGCGUAGACCCACACAUCGGUCAUCAGACAGGCCACUAAGUGUGCCAGAUAGACCCACUGCAGAGCCAUCCUCAAGUUCAUAUGACAGAUGGAAUGAAAGGAGGCUAAGUGGGAGAAGUGAUGGGCCAUAUGAUAGACUGUCAGACAGGUGGUCAGAUUUGGACAAUAAUGGGCUACCAGUGAGAAGCUGUGUUAGGCAGCAUGGUAGAAAUAGUGAGAGAUUGUCAGAAAGAACAAUGGAAUCAGCAAGUCCAUGGGGUGGGCUUUCCCCUUCUCGAAUGUCUGUUCCUCCUGGACCUCCACCAACUGUACCCCCGCCUUUGCCACAGUUGGAUGAAACUGAGGCCCAAAGCAAUGAUUUGAAUAAUAACUCUAGUCCAUGGCACAAUGCAAGACGUCGAUUACGACAAGAUAUAAUGAAUGCAAGGAGAGAUUCGGUUGGUCGUCUCCCUGGGAACUCUGGAGGUCCCGUACGUUUACCCAUGGCAGCUCUUAGGUCACGUCACAUUACUACUGAACGAAUUUUGUUAAGGGAAGGACUCCGAAGGGAGAGAAGAGAUCGUUACAGGCAAAUUCUGCAGAGAAUGGCUGACCGCUUGAACAGUCUUGUAAACCAAGAACAAGAGCAGCAGCAGCAGAGGCAGCAGGAAAGGCAUCAGUCCUCAGACUCUGCUGAGGGAGAGCAAGAUAGUUCUAGCAGUUCAAUGGAUAACCACAUGCAGAAUUUACGGUUAUUAGUUCGAUUGGCACUUAACCUUAUUUACCAACUUCUGAACUUCAUCUGCAACCAAAACAUAUCGUAUGAGGAGCGUCCCAUUUCAAGACUCCCAAAUCCAUUCCGAGAUGAGGAGUUGGGUGCAAUUGGGGAGAGACAAAGAGGGGAUCUUCCCCCACCUAUGAGUUUGGAUCUAGAGCCUGGUCUUCACAAUUUAACAACUCUUCUGGAAACUGUACGUAUGGCUAGUGAAGAAUUAAGAAAUGAUGGAGUAGGAGGCAGUGCAGGAGAACCUGCCCCACCACAGGAUAGCACAAGACCCAUAACAAAUGUUCCAAGACGGCUAACAGACUUCCUGAGACGAUCAGGAACUUUGGCACGUCAGCAGGACCAAAAUAAUAGGCAAUCUGGUUGGAGUGGCAGCUCUGGUGCAAACACUCCUCGGCCACACUUGGUGAUACCAAGAAUCACUCUCAGUGACCCCAAUGGGAGUGAGAGUCAAGUAGAGGAGGAGAAUGCAGCAGCAGCACUAGUCUCAUCAUCAGCCUACAAUGAUGCUGCAGAAUUUAGUACAAGGUCUGUGGCAGGAGUGCCAUUAAGGGUGCUUGGACGUCAGUAUGCAGUAGACAGACGAAGCCCAGACUCUGAGGAUUCUCCAGGUCCUCCUGAUGGGGUUCAAGAGGGGCCAAGCCAGCCUUCAGAUCCUAUUUCAUCAGUGGUUACACAUCGGAUUCAGGCUUGGGACUUUACACAUUAUAAUAUUCCUGAAAUUUCUGACAGUGCUGCUAACGUGGUGGUUAGAAAAUGUAAAAUCCACAAUGAUGCAAGUGUUGAUAUCUCCAUCGAUGGAACCAUGUUGGCUGCCCUUGUGCCGGAGAGCCAGGCCAUGACCAUGGUUGGUGUUUACAGCUUAAGAGAAAAGUCGCGUGGACAACUUCUCUAUAGCUAUAUUUUUGCACCAAAUACCAUCUGUGUCAGCCUCUCUCCUGUGGCACGGCAUUUAGUUGUUGGAUUUGCAUCACACACACCACGAUUUGUAUCGCAUCAUAACACCAAGCAGGUUGUCGCACAAAUUUACAAGUUAUGUGACAAUCCCAUGUUCUAUGGCCGAGGACAAGCUGGACACUUACAGUUUCUGAGAGAUAUAGAAGUAAUGAGUGAUCACCGGCACACAUCUUUGAAUUGCAUACGAUGGCUCCCAUACCCAGGCCAAGGGCUCAUCUACGGCACCAACAGGGGACAGUUAAAUAUCCUACGUUGAACCAUCAGAUUAUGUUGGUCUGCAAGGUUGGUUCAUAAAUGUUUCACUCAUGCAAGCAUUGUGAAACAGUAGUCCAUCAUACCCCAUUAACAAUACAAAGACCUGUGAUAUAUGAAAUUGUCACUGUAAUAAGUAACGUAUCUCCAGGUUGAUGUACUUUUCUUUUUAUUUUUUUUAUCGGAGGGCAGUAAUUCAGUUUACAUAUAUAUUUAUUUGUCUUAAGCAUUACUUAGAGUCUAGGUUUAAUUGCUAUUGAAAUUUACAGAUAGUACUGUAAAUUUAUUCUUUUAGACCAGAUAAUUUUCUGUUGUUGAAAUGUUUGUGUUUUAUGAAACUUGUUAACCACCAGAAGGAUCAGAAGUAGCAUAGUAUAUGUCCAGAAGAAGACCACUUUUUGUAUCCUUUUCCCUUUAGUAUGAUGGGUUUGCAGAUUUAAGAUUGUAAAUUGGAUUACUCUUUCUACUUGAUCAUUACUGUGUAUGGUAGGUAUUUAUUUAAUGUUAAACAUUGCAAUGAACAUUUAAGUUAUUUAUGUGCCAUAUAGAUAUGGAGAAUGUUAUUAGAAUGUAUACAAUGUAAAGAUAUUUUAUGUUUUAGAUCCAUCAGAAGGAGCAAUGAUUUUUUAAGGAGACAAAAAAAAACAAAAAUAAAAAAAACAAAAAAUAAAAACAAAACAAAAAAGUUAACAAAUUUUUCAUGUUAAGAUAAAUAGGAUAUUAGUAUUUACAAGUAUCACUGAAUUAUCUGUAUACUGAUAUACACACUGUAUACGGUAAUAGAGGAAAAUAUUAAACUAGAUUUACAUAUCUUGUUUGAAAGUUUAAUAUUUUUUUGUGUUGUUAAAUGCAUAUAUAUUUUUUCUUGUUUUAUUUAAUCAUCUUAUAAUGCAACUGCUUACAUUGUCAUUGGUCAGUAAUAUAUGGUGGAGAUGUGUAAAUGAAUUUUAAAUAGUACCAAAGAUUUGUUUUAUCUUUCUGUCUUUUUCCUGGACUUAUCUAUUAGAUAUUUCCUCAGUUGUUAACAGGAAAUGACACACCACCCCACAGUUUAUCCUCACUGCUUAUACAGGAGAAUGUAUAUAAAUUAUCAGUACCAGUGGAAUACAAGUUAUUUACUCUUUUUAUAUGAUUUAUAAUUUCCUAUUCCAAUAGAACUAUGCUUUUGGAGUAUUAUGACUGGAAUUAAAAUCCUGAGACCAUCCCACAUAUAUUUAAAUACAAAAGUUUAGUUUGUUCCCACACUUUUAGGCCUACAGUUUGUUUCUUCAUCUCUAUGUUCUUGUAACAGAAUUACAUGCACUAAAGUAAUUUUAGAUAAAAGUGCAUGUUUGGGUUCAAGUUACAUUGAGGUUAUGGCACAAUGAUGUUUUACAUAUUCUUUGUUUGUAGGGUUUUUUUUUUCCUUUUCUUUUCUUUUCCCUUUCUCUUCUUUUCUUUCCUUUUUUUCUUAUCCUUAGGCUGUAUUUUCAUGUGUUAUAUGUGUGGGCAAUAUUUCAUCUCUGUUUCACUUCUGUACAGUAAUCAUGUGCUUAUACAGGAAAUUGUAUUUAAGUAUCAGUACCAGUGAGGUGGAAUAUAUUUUCCCUUUUAUAUGUAAUGUAUUAUUUUCCUUUUACACAGAAUCAUGCUAUGGGUUUAUAAGAACAUGAUACUGCAUUUAAAGGCCAAGUUACUCUUAUUCGACUGAUUUUUAACUCAAUAGUUGCAUUAUUCAUAAAGAUGAAUUAUUGGUGUGUUAUUCAGCAACUAGAUGGAUUUAUAGCUAGUUAUAUUUCUGUUGUGGUUUUUUGUCAUAAAUAUAAUUUAUUUUGUUACUUGGUUGUUUGACUAGACAAAGUAAUACUGCAUUAUUUAUAAACCUAAAAGGCCAUGUAUACACAACCAUUAGCACCAAAUUUCAGAAUAGCUGCCAAUGACCAGGUUAGUGAACACCACAGAUUUUCUGUGUUGGGAUUGCAGUUCUCAGCAAGUUUACUGGGAAAGAAGUUGCUGAUCAUGCUAUCCUUGCUACUCAUAUUUCAUAAUAUUCAUUAUUGACAUAUACGAAUUCACAGGUGCAGCCAAGGUCAUAUGUUUCUUAACACUGGGAUCAGGGAUGGAUGGCAACCUAGGAAAAGAUGUUUUUUACCCAGUGCUAAUGGGAGCUUCAUAUACUAAAAUAGAUCACACACUGGGCAAAUUCAGCUACUCAAGGGAAGUUAGGAGCAUGUAAUUUUCCCUUUCUCUUUGUGUUUGGCUAAAGCAUAUAUACUUAUAAAAUGAACGAGGCUAAAAUGUGACUUCAAGCCUACUUUUGAAUGGCUGUAGCUCCUCAAUCCUUGCAGCAAUGGCCAAACAAGCUAAGAACUGUUUAGUGCAAACAACUUGCAGUGGGCUCAGCAUGUGUGGUAUAGGUGUACAUGCCACCCUGAAAAGAGUCCAGCCAUGCCAUGGCAUAUAUAUACAUGCCACCCAUUGGCAAAGAAUUAGUGAAUGAAAGAGUGAAUGAAUGAAUCCACGUUUUUAAUGAAUGAAAGAAUGUAUUAAUUGCAUGCCCAAGAUCUUAGCUUAAAGAUUAGCUGGAAAAGAUAUUCUCUUUAAUGAAAUAUUGAGUAAUACAUAAUGUAAUCUGUUUAUGGAACUAUUAAGUUAUGAUUAUCAACAAAAAUGGCAAAUCAGUAAGAAGUAAAAAGCAGUAAAUGUAAGGAAGAUGAAGAUUUUGUGAAUUUAUGCGUCAUAUAUUAAGUCCAUUAGUCUACAGUCCACUGUAAGUCUUGAGGGCAAAGGAAAACUCAUAAUAUCUUCUACUGUUCCCUUUCAAAAGAUAGGAGAUCAUCCUUAAAUGAAUGCCCGAGUCCAUGGCUAUGGUCUAGACUUUGUAACAGUUUCCAAGGUCUGUAUGUGUUUUUGUCGCUAUAGCUUGUGGCAUGAUGGUAUGUAAUCAUGGGAAGUCAUAUCUUGUAUAUAAAUUAUUAAUAUGGUUUCACCUAGCUAUUUCAGUAAUUUUUUAUUAUUUUCUGUUGAACAUGUGCUAUAAUUCAGAUGUAUUUCCUCUCCUUUAAGUCCCUUACAGUGUCUAAUACAGUUGAACACUGUGUGAUGAUGUCCAGUUAACAUUAUUUUUGUUUUCACUUGCAAGUGAAAAAAUACAUUAUAAGCUCCUGUGACACCAGACAGGCAAAACUAUAUUGUACUUUUAUUGCAGACAUGAAAUUUCACUUACUGUUUCAGUUAAAGCUGUGCUUUUCUGAAAUAUAAAUGAGGUACAAUAAUGACAUAAAUUAGUGUUAUGUAUGAUAUAAUGUUUUGUUUUCACUGACUAUAAUUUUUUUGUUGAUUGAAGUAUAACAUUGACAAAUGCUUCUCAGACUCUUAUCACAUUUAUUAUGACCAACCAUAAAUGUCUGCAUCCAUACAUAAAAAAUAUUAUUUACAGUGAUCACUAUACAUGUGUUGCCAGACAUCACCAAUGAAGACCAGGAAAUGUAGAGAAAUAUAUAACCACAACUGCACAAGUUCAAGUAUACACAAUGAUUAUAGCUAAGCAAUUACUCUUGCCUUACAUACAAGGGUUAUAUAUAUAUGUAUAUCUAGGCUUGUUUUAUGUUAAAUAUUUGUUUUUGUACGUAGGAGGAUACCACCGUAUGUAAAUGUUCAUAAUAUUUCCUGAGAUGGCCUUAGACUUCUAAAUUUCUUGCCCUUGAUGCCAUGUGUAUCUGAACUCUACUCUAGAGGUGGGUUGGUCUCUCUCAGAGAUAAUUAUCGGUAAGCCUGUUUCAUGAAGACUAACCAUCCCUUCAAGCACUAUAUGGGUGAUGUCAUGUUGAAUAAAAAAUAAUAGAA